AUGGUACAAAAAGAUCCAUCAGCAGCAGUCGAGAUUGAAACUGCACCAGCAUACCAAGGGGAUGAGGUAGUCCAUGAGGUAAGGAUACUGACGCGGGUAUUUUGGAGCUUUUAUCCUUGCAUCAGAGCAUUUAGGAGCUGCAAGCCAAUCGUACAGGUGGAUGGGACACAUCUGUACGGGAAAUAUAAAGGAGCUCUACUAGUUGCAGUUUCUCAGGAUGGCAAUGGCAAUAUUGUGCCUCUUGCAUUUGCCGUUGUUGAGGGUGAGACUUCUGAUGCAUGGCACUUCUUUUUUACUCAUUUACGCACACAUGUGGUGACUCGAGAUGGUGUUGGGCUUAUCUCUGAUCGUCACGACUCUAUUACCUCAGCAAUAGCUCGUAGUAAUGGAUCAUGGGAACCUCCAAGAGCCAUCCGAAUAUUUUGUGUUAGGCACAUAGCAUCCAACUUUUUGAGGAAUUUCAAGGCACCGUAUUUACAGAAGCUGAUAGUCAAUAUGGGCUAUUGUAGGAAUGUACGUGAAUUUAAUGUGCAGUAUGCAAGAUUGCGUGAACGUGGUGAGGCUUACACGCGAUGGCUUGAUCGAAUCCCACGACAGCAAUUUACUUUGGCAUUUGAUAAUGGAUACCGUUGGGGUCAUAUGACCACAAACCUAGUGGAGUGCAUCAACGGAGUACUGAAGGGAGCUCGAAAUCUUCCUAUCACGUCACUUGUGAAGGCAACUUUUUAUAGGCUAAAUGAGUUGUUCACUAGGAAGAGGGCUGAGGCUGAGCAAGCAGCAGGAAACAUCCAGGUUAACCUAUUUGACAGGCAAAAUGAGAUCUUUGAGGUACGUGAGAUGCCCAUUGGUAUCGAGUAUGCGGUGAAUCUCCGUCAACGGUAUUGUGAUUGUGGUGAGUUUCAGACAGAUCGAAUCCCAUGUCGCCAUGUCUUUGCGUGUUGUGCGAACCAACGACUUGAUUGGCAACAAUACGUUCAUGAGGUCUAUAGGAUGGAUGAGAUAAGAAAGGUGUAUAGAGCACGAUUUAAACCAUUAGGAAAUCCAACAACGUGGCCGUUGUAUCAAGGACCAAGACACAUACCUAACCCGCACUUAAAGCGGGUUUCCAAAGGGCGUCCCAAAAUAACCCGCUUCUUGAAUGAAAUGGAUAUGCGUGAUAUGCGUGGUCCUAGGCGUUGUAGGCUUUGUGGAGGCGAAGGCCACAGUCGAAGUAGAUGCCCCCAUCGUGCAGGGCCUAGUGCUGGUGGAUCUGCACCUAUGUCUUAG